GGUGGCAUUUUGGUUGUGGAUUUCAAUGCAUUUGGAGAAGUCACCGAUCCUUUGUUGUUCAGUUGGCAAGAACUUAUUUCAACCGAUGAUCUAGCAGUUAGUGCACCAUCUAGUGACAGUGAUGCAGUAGUACCGGGUGUGUCUCAGAGUGGUUUGUUGAGAUAUGUUAAGACUGCUGUAUGUAUAUUGCCUAAUCCCGUUCAUCUCCACAGAAUGCCGGCAGAUUUUAUUGAUCUGAGUCAUGGCAAUGAUCUCAAUAAACUGGUUGAUUUCUUGCAAAUGGAUAGAGAACCACCAUCAAAUGCUGGAGCCAACUAGUCAACUUCUUUUUUUAUAAGCAUCUCAAAACGGCUUGUAUGGGUACCUGUAAUAAUCAUUUUCCACUAAUCUACAACUCACGUUUUCUCUCAUGAUCUACAAGGAAUUUCCUAAACAAUAUCCAUUUUAUAAUACUUAUAUAGAAAUCAGAUUCCUGCAAUAAGUUUCAACACUUUCAUAAUAAUUUAUGUAUCUAGCAUGGUUUUACUGUUAGCAAUAAGCAUCAGUUUUACAUAAUUUUGAAUGGAUUCUUGCAGGUAAAUCAUUUUUAAUGCUUAUUUAUGUAAAAAUUGCUGAUUCAUAUUCACAAGUGUGCACACUGAAUUUCACUUAGGGAUUAUAGACUUUUUAGCGAUGAAUAUUUUUGGUAAAGUGAUAUUUUCGACAGUUUAAUAUUAUACAAAUACGUAUCUCAGAUUUGUUCCUAUUGUGAUGACAUUUAGAAUUCUCUAAUUGAAAUGUGCAUUGCUGACAGUGAAGCUAUCUCAAAUGACAAUAACUGUUUAAAAUAUCAUACUGGUCAGUAAGGUCUUUAUUUGGCACAACAUGACAAUUUAAAUGUUCAGUGCUAAACUGUAGUGAAGAUACUCAUUGUAUAUCUGUGAGUGAAUGUUUCCCUUAUAUUAAUCAUGAUAAUUUGAAUGUAACAUGGGGGGCCUUCCAGGUUAAAUGUUUAUAAGUUGUAAUGUGAUUAAAAAUAUAUUGACAAGGUAACUGAUCGUCGGCAAUUUUUCUAUUAUAGCAAAUUAACUAAAAUGCGAAAUAUAUUGACCAAGUUUGAUGCAACCCUUUUAAUAUUUUUGUGUUUAGCUGUUGAAAUGGUCAUUUAUUUGUGUAUAAAAUGAAUUUUUAUUUUUCAAAGUUGUAUUACAGCUCAUUGUUUGCUAUUGUAUUGUACUUAAUGAUAUAAAGACAUAGACACAGGACUAACUCUGGGAUGGAAACAAAGGAGUGAAGUUCAUAUGGCAAUGGAGAAAGUAGUGAUAGCACAAAUAAGAUUGUUAUUGUUUUAAAUGUGUUGUAUGUGAACACAUUUUUGAAGUCUGAUAAUAUUAAAAAAAAUAUUGCUGUUGAA